CAAUUACAUCUACAACUUAAAUUUAAAUGUACAAGAAACCUCUGUGAAGUAGUAAAAGUGAGCACAGAUGUGUCACAUUACUUUUUAAGUCACAUGAAAGUCAUACAUUCAAUAAAGAAAUCUCUAAAAAUGUGUAAAAUGUUGGACUUCAGGUAAGACAUGUCUGUGUUUACUUUCUAGUUAAAAAAGUCUGAACACCACCAGAAAAUAGUUUAUUUAGACAGAAGAUGACUUGUAGUUGUAAAUCAAGGAAGACAUUUAAAUUACAUCAAACAAAGUUCAUGAUUUAUUUGGUUUUUGAAUCCAAUAUCACAAGAGGAACACAAAGAGGAUUAAUUUUGAUUCUCCAUGAAAAAUAGGGCCUCCCUUCAUUUAGUUCUCUUUUGAGUUUCACAAAAAUACCAAACAUUGAUCAAUUAAACUCAAGAUAACUUUACUGACCACUUUGCCAUUUUAUGUAGCACUACUGGCUAUUUGUACCUGCUAUCUAUCACUUUAUUGAAUUACCUUUGACCUUCUACAAUAUUUCAAGAGCUGAAAUGAAAAGUUGUGAAUCCUACGUUACCCAAGCCUCCUUCAUUCACCCUCGGUUUGUUUCUUCCUGCCACAUAGUGGCCAUUGGCAGACAUAAACAGUGUGUUACAAGAUACUCUCAGUAGAGGAUCUCCACAGCUUUGCUAAACCUGUUUCUUUACAUUUGCUGAAUAAAGAAACUUGAGCUUGGAACACGUCCUGUGCCACGCCCUCCAGCAGUCCGCAGGAUAAAGUUCAACAAAGUGUCCUCCUCUUCAGACCAACCACAGCACCCUAUCAGAGAAGGACAGUCCUUUGUAAUAAACAAAAUCCUCCCUGGACUUACUCCGUAGUUUGUCUCAUCCGCGAAAUAACUAAACCAAAAAAACAACCUUAAUAGAUUCCUGAUUGGACUUAUAAGAAGAAGGCAUCACCUUUAAAGAUGCUGUGCGCUUUUUCCAUCUGACUUUGUAGAGUGAAGCAACUUUCAACAUAUUAACUUAAACAGCAGAGGGCUAGUCGAUCAGUGUGGAUGAUGGCUGGAUGUUGUGUUUCUGCGGAGGACAGGGAGAACAGAGGAUCAACGAGGAGAUCGAGAAGCAACUGCGGAGAGACAAGAAGGAUUCCCGCAGAGAGCUGAAGCUGCUGCUGUUAGGUACUGGAGAGAGUGGUAAGAGCACCUUCAUCAAACAGAUGAGGAUCAUCCAUGGAGGAGGAUACACAGAUGAAGACAAGAGGAGCUAUGCCAAACUAGUCUACCAGAACAUCUACACAUCCAUGCAGGCCAUGGUCAGAGCCAUGGAGGCACUCAACAUAGCCUUCACUGAAAGCAGCAACCAGAGCCAUGCAAACUCUGUCCUGGAGGUGGAGGUGGAUAAGGUGGAAGAUAUGGAUCAGAGUCUUGCAGCAGCAGUGAGGAGUCUGUGGAAUGAUCCAGGAAUACAAGAGUGCUACAACCGACGCAGAGAGUACCAGCUGUCUGACUCCACCAAAUAUUAUCUCACUGACCUGGACCGAAUCUCACAGCCCUCUUACAUACCUGACCUGCAGGACAUCCUCAGAGUCCGAGUGCCAACCACAGGUAUCAUUGAGUACCCCUUUGACAUGGAGAACGUCAUCUUCAGGAUGGUGGAUGUAGGGGGUCAAAGGUCAGAGAGAAGGAAAUGGAUCCACUGCUUUGAAAAUGUCACCUCCAUCAUCUUUCUGGUGGCACUCAGCGAGUACGACCAGGUCCUGGCAGAGUGCGACAAUGAGAACCGUAUGGAGGAGAGCAAAGCCCUGUUCAAAACCAUCAUAACCUAUCCCUGGUUCCAGCGCUCCUCUGUUAUUCUUUUCCUCAACAAGACCGACAUCCUCAAGGAGAAGAUCCUGUACUCUCAUUUAGCCUCAUACUUCCCAGAGUUCACAGGACCUCAGCAGGAUGUCACAUCAGCUCAAGACUUCAUCCUGAAAAUGUAUCAAGAACAAAACCCAGACAAGGACAAGACCAUGUACCCUCACUUCACCUGCGCCACGGACACAGAGAACAUCCGCUUUGUCUUUGUGGCUGUCAAAGACACCAUCCUCAGACACAACCUGAAGGAGUUCAACCUGGUGUAGAGAAGAGCAGGAGAAACAUAGAGAACAAUUAGAUUUUACACUGUUCCUCCGUGUUACCUAGACACUGAAAUACAUAUUUAAUGUUUUUAUUAAAAGUUUGAAUAAUUUCAUUUUCCAUGCUGUAAACAUUCAGACAAAGAGGAGAUGCUAAUGCCUUUUGUUUUGUAAUGUUUCUGUGUAUUUAUUUUGUAGUUUUUAUUCUAGCCUAUACAGACACUUUGAUUCCACUUGAGAGUGAAAUGUUAUAUUAGUGAGUUGGCUACUGACAUGUGAAACUUGACUUAAAUAACAUUCAGGUAUCUGGUUAAGAGUUGCUCCUGAAUUGUAUUUAAUUAUGAAAAACGUUUCUGUCACUGUGCCAGUUAGUGCCUUAUUUACUCAGGAGAGUUACAGCCGCUGAAUUUGAGACCUUGUUCUAGUUGUAAAUAAUCCAACUUGUGCUUUGAAUCUUGUGCUUUAUGGUUUGUGAGGAGAAAUAGAAAUUAUAUUUAUUGACAUUUUCAAUAAACAAAUAUACUUACUGAA